CAGACGUUCCGGGGGCUCGGACGUUCCGGGGGCGGGGCGGCUUCCGGGCGGAGGGGAAGCGGCGCGGCGGGGCCCCGUCCCGCUCCCGCUCCCGUCCCGUCGGAGCGCGCGGCCGCCGCCAUGGCCCGCAAGAAGCUGCACCGUCCGAUCGCCGCCAUGGCCAAGAAGAUCCGCGAGUACCGGGCGCUGAAGAACCGGCCGCGGGAGUCGCAGCGCUUCGCCCUGGACUACGAGACGAUGCGGCGGCCGCUGACGCAGAAGCGGCUGCCGGUGCGGGCCUGGGAGGACGUGCGGAGCGAGCACCGGCUGCUGGCGCUGCUCUGCCGCCUGCCGCGCUUCGGCGUGGGCCGCACCGUCACCCGCAAGUCCUGGCUGUGGGCGCACGACGAGCCCUGCUACUGGGUGAUCGCCAAGGUGAAGGCGGACUACACCGCCGAGAACAUGGAUCACGGAAGAGCUUGGGGCUACCUGACCUUCAGAGGCAAAACCGAAGAAAAAAUGAGAGAGAUCGACAAAGUCAUGUACCAUGACUGGCGUGUGGUGCCCAAGCAUGAGGAGGAGGCCUUCAAGAAAUUCACCCCAGUGCCGGAGGAGACAAUUCGGUACCUUCCGUACCCGCCUCUGCUCCGAGCCAUGAUCCUUGCGCAGUGGCAGAAAGAGGGAAAACCCAUCACGGAGGAGCCAGUGAUUGAUCUGGAGAAGGUCACGGCUUCUCCCCUUCGGCGUGCAAAGAAAAAAGCUGCAGGGACACCAGUAUAAAGACUUGUUCUAUGUCCCGAGCUUCCCACGUGCUCUCACCGUGUGUUAAAAGCACGGCAUCCUACAGAAGACCCCCUUGUCACUGUGGCGUGGUGUAUCCAGGUUUCCCGCCUUUCUCCCCAGCCCUAUGCAGUGACCUCAUCUGAAAGGAAAGAUGUAGAUACAUUCAGAUUUUUAUUUUUUUUUUCCAUAAUUUUGGUCUCAGUCAGCAGAGGAACCUUCUUGUUCCCUGGAUAGUCCCAAGUGCAUAGCUCCUGUUAUCCAGCUGCAGUUCUUUGGAGCACCGUUUUCUCUACAGCCUGAAAAUUACAGGUUUUUAAACAACAUUUUUCAGAUUGGGCCCUACAUAAAUCACAGAAGAAUGACUGAGAAUACCAUGUUAUUUUACAGAGCUGUGUACAAAUGUAUUUACUAACGAAAAUAAAUGUUUCCUUAUUUCUGCAGCACAGUUCGAAGAAAACUUUGUAUUUUUUUCAGUGCGUGGAGAUCAUCGUGAGGUCCAAAUGCAGAGCCGUUAGCUUACCAGACACAGCAUCACAUUCCUCUUCACCACUGCAGAAUCAUCUGCAUUACUGACAUGUGAUGGCAAUGAACAACAAGGGAGGAACACCACUUGACUUUGGGAGUCUAAGCUUAUCCAGUGCUGUCCAUCUCUUACUCCCUGAGACAGCUGUCAGAUUAGAGAAAUCAUUUUAAUUCUGGUGAUGCAAGGUAUGCAGGAUCGGCUCUUACUAUUUGAAGCCGAUCGCAAAUUCCCUCCUGUUCCAGUGCAGCGUGCUGUGGUGAAAGUUAAAACAUGCAACAAAAAAACCCCAAAACAUUAAAACAUGCAACCCUUUA